AUGUACUUGUGGUCCUUGAAAUUGGGCAUACUUCAACUGAUAAUAAUUGCUGUAUCAUCAUGGGUUCCGUCAACAACGCUACCCAAAAGGAUAGCUGGGAAGCUUCUCGCGACAAAUCCAAUCGUUUCGACGGAGCCAACCUCAUCCACAACCCUUGGAAAUCUUCGACCAAUACUGCUUCCGGGAGAGAGCCAACUUGGAACCAUGGGAGUCCCUACGUUUGCUUCUGAAGGAUGUCCUACGGUCGUCGAUCCUGUCGAUUCGACCAAAUCUAGAGGUCUGGAAGGAGUAUUGAACCAGGGGCCUGCAUUGAUGGUCGAUAAUGUCUUAUCCUCCAAGGCAUGUGAACAAAUGAUUCGUGACUGCAAUCAAAUAGGUUUUGGAAACUAUAAUAGUGGAAAGAACAAUCACGGGGCUCUACAGAUUCUAGUGUCGAAAGAGAUGAGUGACCAAGUCGCGCAACGUUUGAGCCAACAUGUCAACAUUCCGCAAGUAGAGGCGCUCCGAGACGAAAUGAAGCUAGCAACUAGUGCUAAGCCACAAGUCCAAGAGGAUGUUCGACUUGUCUUUGCAGGAUUGAAUCGACGGUGGAGGGUAUAUCGCUACGAUUCCAAUGGACACGAAACCUUUGCCCCGCACAUUGAUGCUGGCUUCCCACCGUCGGGAAUUUCUCAGGAUGGCAGCACUCUAGUGUGGGACGACUCGGACCAAGAAGGAGACGAGAUUGUAUCUAGGUUGACAGUCUUGAUGUAUCUUAAUGACGAUUUUGUGGGUGGAGAAACCAAUUUCUUUGGACCCCAUGCCCAGUAUGGUGACGAAUUGAACAAGAUUGCAUCUGUACGUCCCUUGACUGGGUCUUGUCUUCUCUUUCCUCAAGGUGUGGGCGAAGAAGCCGUCGAAUACGCUCGGGAAAACUGGCCCUUGCAUGAGGGGUCUCCAGUGCGCUCGGGUCGACCGAAGUAUGUGAUUCGAUCCGAUGUUAUGUUUGUCACCCAAAAAGAACCAUUGCUAUUGGACGACAAACUCUUUCGAGAUGACUACGACGUGCGCCAAGCGUUUUUGCCAACUUCACCCGGCCUCCAUCCGAACUUACUCGGCCAUACUGCUUCACUUUACAAUCCACAUAUGGGGGUUGAGAAUUUAGGUCCUUUGUUGUACUCAUUCCUUCGAUUUACCAAGAAACGUAGAAUUGUCGAGAUCGGAGCGGGAUACACUUCCUUGUGGAUUCUCCAAGCAAUAAAGGAAAAUGAUGAUGAACUCCGUCGCAUCAAAGCGUUGGAGGACGAAGGAAGAUGCCGUCUACUAGACUAUCCUUGGACUGUCCCAUCAGCGAUCCAAAACUUGGAGAACGAAUCUCCUUUGCUCUUAUGCAUUGACAACUGUGAACAUCAAAAGGAAACUGCUACGGGUGCGAGUGCAGUCGCAAAUGCGCUGGGUUUGGACCCAUACUUUGAGUUUAUGAAGGGAGACGCCUUUGAUCUGGAAUUGGAAUCGAACUCGGUCGAUGUUCUUUGGUGCGAUUUCGGAGUGGGUUCAAGAAUGAGUGAAUUUGCAACCUCUGCAUGGAAAAGUAUUCGUCCAGGGGGAUUUUUUCUCUGCCACUCAACGCUCACAAAUGAGAAUACAAGACAAUGGUUGGAAGCAAUACGAGCUCGGAGUAGUCAAGAAGUUACAGGAAUACCUCCAGAGGAGUACAUUGAACUAUCACUACUGGAGCCCCACAAGAGCUUUCAGAACAGUAUCUCCAUCAUCCAGAAACGCCAAUCCUCUGACGGACAACGAUAUGAGGAACCAAUCUACUCGACAUUUGCAUAA